CCGCUGUGUCAUGCUCUUUGAUAUAAUGUGUAUUGCAGACUGGUUACCACACACUGGUCCUUUAAGAAAACACAUGCAAAUAGCUUCAGACGACAACAAACUCAACACUCAAAGUCUUUUACCUCUUUUUGUCUUUUCAGACUCCGCCUCUUGUCUUCUCCACCUGCUGCUGUUGGCUGAGCUGUUUGUCAGAUCAUCAUCUCGUCCCACCAACAAUCCAUCCAUCUGUGGCAUGUUUAGACCAAUGAUCCAUCAAGUGGAGAAGCUGAGGGAAAACAGUAAACUCCAUGAUCUGAGCAACAAUGAUGAACUUCAAACCUUUGACGGUGUGGAAAAAAGGCUGGACAGUCUUCCUCUUAUACAACACGAUGCUGGAUAUUUCAGCUCAUUGAAGGUGAACAAGACACUCUCACAGCUGUAUGUGGACAUUCAGUCCUUCAGGCUGCAUGUUGACUGGUUGAAAACAGCCAAAGCAAACUUCAGUCUCCCCUCCCAGUCAGCGGAGGGCACCAUCACUCACCUCCGGCACCUAUCCAAACUCGUUAAUGCAUCUCUUCAACAGAUCAGUGAGGAGGUUCCUCAGACACCUUCCCCCUCCCUCCCUGACGUCUCCACAGCCUUUGACGUGCUCCAGUUCUCCAUCGAGAUCUCUGACCAGUUACAAGUCUUCUGUGACUGGUCAACAAGAGUGUUACGGCAACUCCAGAGACAAUCCCGCUGCCCUAGACAUUGAGCGUCCGCCUUCAGCACAUAAGCAACUGCUAAUGUUUUCCAACAAAACCACUGUUGUAUGAUUUUUAACCAGCAAGGAGUUGUUUUUUUUCUAAUAUGUAAGCCAGUUGGUAGUUUGGUCUAGAGUGAAAUAUCUCAAAAGCUAUUGGAUGGAUUGCCAUUAAGUAGCCAUUAAGUUUUUACAUAUCCAGUGAAAUAUUUCAGUGUCUAGUGAAUGGUUAGACAUAAAACAUUCAAGGUCCCUAGAAUAUCAAGCUUUUAUGAUUGUGGUGAUUUGUUAGUGAACUGUUGGGUGAAUUGCUAUGAAGUUUAGUACAGACAUUCAUGUUCACUGACUUUACAUUUAGCGCCACCACCUGGUCAGAUAUCCCAAUUAGUCUGCAAAAUGAAUGACACAUCAGAUUUUUGUGCUUUGCAAAUGUUACAAUAGCUCAAAGUGCCGCAGUGCCUAAAUACAGCCUCUCAGAGCUGCUAGCAUGAGCUGUAGGCUCUUAGUGUCAUUUACAUGUGGUGAUAUGCAGGGUCUGAUCUGACACAAAGGUGUCAUAUUUAAUGCAGAUUGAGACUGAUUUGACGUAAUAAUGUUGAGUUUUUGAUGCACUGUGUGUGCAUUUUGGCGCUCUGUUUACAUACGUUUUGAACGCUGUGUUGGCCGUCACAUUAACACAGCGGUAUAUUCGGCAGUAAAACAGAAUGUAAGUUUAUUGCAUGUGCUAAAGAAAAUAUGUAUUUACAUGUAGCCUUUUAAAAUGUUCUGUACUAAUGCACUGAGCAAAGGUACUGCCACC